CGUUCCUGUCUUCAGUUACCCACCUGCAAAAUGAGGCUUUUCCUCAGCCUUACGGCCCUCAUUGCGGUCGCAACAGCUUGCACAAUCCCAAGCACAUCACUGCCCAACAAUAUCACCAGCCACUUCCGUGUCCAAGUCCAAAAUGCUUCCUAUCCUCAAAUCCACAACAAGUACAUGAACCUGAUGGUCUCCGGAGGUGGUGACCGGCACCUGUACGUCGGAGGAUCACCGCAAGUGGGCGACACUACUACCAACCUGCUCCUCAUCAAGGGUUCGCUCAACUGGGUCUCCAUCAAUGCUGUCAUUGGCGGCGAGGAAUCCAAUGUCGACGACACUGUCAAGAUGUUCAUGACGGAACGCGGCGAUCCGAGAGCUCUAUUCCAGCCGACGUACGCUUGCAAUCCGGACAACGACAGCUUGCAGGUCGAGUUGCGAUUUGUGGGAAAGCAGAAUGCGCCGGCCGGAGGCUGGAUUUGUGUGCGGCCAUCGUUCGAUAACAGUCAUGAAUUCCGGUACUAUCCUCCGGGAAACACAAAGUCCGACCCGAACCGAUUCUGCAUCAAAGUAACACUGGUCGCCGUUCCCACAUAGAAAUGGCCAUCGUAAAGAUCAUCGGAGAGGACGGAGAAAACAUAUCCUGAGGAAAUUUCAGUUGAUGAUGCGCAAGACUGGAUAAAAAUGGACCAGACAUGGGAAGUGGUUGCCCUGGCGAUGGGACCAGAUGUUUUGUUUACCCCUGAGGGGAUCCACACCCAGCAACUCAAGGUACAGCCACACUGGCCAUGGUGUUGUUGAAGUUCAAUGUUGUCUCAAUUGACAUGAUUUCCGCCCGGCCGAUCUAU